AUGGCCGGGAGUGCCGCGGCCGUUGCUUCCACAGCGCCGAGUGUAACGCAAGGGCUCAUGGCCGACAGCACCGCGAGAGGGCCAGACAAUGAGCGCGAGAACGAGGUGGGGUUGGAGGCGCUGCUGCGCGGGCUGUACGAGCGCAUGUGUCCGCGCGAUCCCGACUACAACGUGCGCCUGGAGCUCGUCGAGCGCAUCAACAUGCUCGUCGCCUCCGUGCCCGCCUGCAAAGGCAUGGAGGUGGUGCCGUUCGGGUCGUUCGCGUCGGACCUGUUCUCGCCGUGGGGCGACCUGGACCUGUCGCUGGAGGGCGAGGUGCGCAGCACGGGCGGCAACGGGCUGCGCCGCCAGGGCGUCAACAUGCUCCAUGCCAUUCACUACCGCCUGCUGCACACAGGCAUGGCGCGGGGAGUGCAGAUCGUGGCGCACGCGCGGGUGCCGCUGGUGAUGUUCACGGACGCGGCGACGGGCAUCGCGUGCGACCUGUCCGUGGGCAACGGCACGGGCGUCUUCAAGUCCACCGUGCUGCGCUCGCUGCUGCGAUUCGAUGCGCGCUGCCGCCCGCUCCUCUUCCUUGUGAAGGCGUGGGCAAAGGCGCAGGGCAUCAACGACCCCAAGGGCGGCUCGCUCAACUCCUUUGCGCUCGCUCUGCUCGUCAUCUUCCACCUGCAGACCGUGCAACCGCCCAUCCUCCCGCCCAUCCGCCACAUCCUCGGACGACUGGAGGGCAUGGAGCAGAAGGCGGUGAGGCAUCAGCGCAUAGCGGAGUGUGAGGCGCGGGUGGAGAGCAUGAUAGCAGCGCGGGACAAGGGCGAGGCAGUGGAAUGGGGCGGGGCCGGCAAGAACACCAGCUGUGUCGCCGUGCUCCUCGCGUCUUUCUUUGCCAAGUACGAUGCAGUGCGCGAGCAGUGGGCGCAGGGCCUGGCGGUGCGGCCGCUGACGGCAGAGUGGGGCGACCUCACAGUCACUCACUCCUCCUUCGCCCAACGCAGCUACUCCAUGAUCGUGGAGGAUCCAUUCGACCCGCGGGAGAACUGCGCCCGGUCCGUGCAGCCGCACUCCUUCCCAAGCGUCUGCGACGCCUUUGCAGCCGCAGCACGCGCCUUCUCCCCCCUCCCGCCCGCCCACUCACUCCGCCAGCUGCGUGUGGCCCUCUUCAAGUGGCCUGGUGCGGAAGCAGCAAAGGUUAAGGAGGCGAAGAAACAGGGCGUAGGGGAGAAGGCAGGGGAAGAGGAUAGGCAGAAGCAGCAGCAACAACAGCAGCAGCAACAACAACAACAGCAACAACAACAGCAGCAACAGCAACAGCAACAGCAACAGCAGCAGCAGCAGCAGCAGCAGCAGUCGCGUUUAAACGGGGAGCAAGCAGCAGCACAGGCAUCUUCCAACCCUUCCACAUCCGUCCCCUCCCUCCUCUCCACACCUCACAGAACCCAACCCCACCACGCAUUCCCUCCUCUCCAAUCCUCCGCUCCAGCUGCUCCCACCACUCUCAACCACCCCGGCAAUCCCCAAUCCCCUCUUCUCUCAGCCACCACUCCACGUGCCGUCAGUCCAUACCUAUCGCCGUACCAACUCCACAACCCAGCGUUCCCAGGCAUGCGGUUUGGACCGUCAGGGUACCCUCUAGGGCUGGCGGCCUCACAUUUGAAUCCCCAUAUGGGUCUUGCUCCGCUUGGCCCUGGGCUGGCAGAAGUGCUUAGCCUCGCCCGCCCCUCUCUUGGUCCUCCACACCCCCUGGGCUUCGGUGGGUUGAGGAGUGACUUUUCUGCUGCCGCUGCUGCUGGGCCUAUUCCUCCUGCCCCUGCCCCUGCCCCUGUCCCUGCCCCUGCCCCUGUCCCUGCUCCUGCCCCUACCCCUGCUCCUACCCCUGCUGCUGCUGGCAGCGGCGGCGGCGGUGGCGGGAGCAGCAGCACCAGUUCGUCUGGCCAUGUGGGUGCAGGAGGAACGGUGUCUGAUGCGAGGGGGACCGGUGCAUCAGGGGAAGUUGCGGGGCACGUGACAGGAGGGGUUUCAUGGAGCGUGGCUGGGGACAGGAGCCACGGGGUGUUGAUCGACCGAGGCAAGGCGAAAACGGCAGUCGCGCUCCUCCACCGCCUCUCCGCGCCCCCCGUAUCCCGCUCAACUCCGCACAGCAUGGCGCGGCGGGGGCACGCGCCGGCAUCGCGUGCGGCGGCGCUUGUGCGCGCCUUAGCGUUACUACACUGCGUUCUGCUGGCCGCGGGAGUACCCAUCGCCGAAUCCCAAGGCGCUGUUCUUCAGGAUUGCCAGAAGGCGUGGGGACAGACGUUCCCCGGAUGGUCGGCGGGAUCGGACUGCGCGAAAGCUGCGCGGCUGACGUGCAAUGCGCAGGGCAUGGUUACCUCCAUGAACAUGCCAUACGCGGGGCUGAGCGGGAGCAUUCCGCUGAGCAUCAGCGGGCUGAAUGCGCUCACCAAACUCGACCUGUCGUCCAACAACCUGACGGGGCUCAUUCCCUCCACCGUCACCGCGCUCUCCCAGCUGCAGUGGAUGAGCCUGGGAUCCAACUUCCUCAUGGGCCCCGUACCCCCAUGCACCGCCCUCUCCAGCCUCUCCUAUCUGUGCGCCCUCUGCUCUGUUGUUGCCCGCCUGCCGGCCGCCAUUGUCAUCGUUUCUAUCUUCUUGGUUUCGCGUUCCACCUCUUCCUUCCUUGCCACCGCGCAUAACCACAAACCAACCGCGCAUAAACCACGCGUACCCACAACGAAACCGCUCGCGCACCAUGCGUAA